AAUGUAAUUAAUUAUAAUCUUUAUUAAUUUGACAACUCGAUCAAAAGGAAUUUUCAGUUUUCAAAAGUUUUUUUUUUUUUUUCUCCUGUGGAGAAACCAUUAUGUUACUCGGCAGUAGUCAUCAGCAGCCGCAGUUCAUCAUAGAGAUCACAAUCCUAUCAGCAGAAGGCCUCAAGAACACAUCUUCUGCUCUCUUCUCUCACCGUUUACGCCCCUUCGUCACCAUCUCCACCGUCCUUCCGGCUCCAAGCGAUCGUGACAACAAUCGCCAUUCGUACCAAACAAGGGUUGACGAUUCAGGUGGGGUGAACCCCACAUGGGGCGACAAGUUUCGUGUCCCGGUGGACUCUACUUUCUUCGCCAAUAGGUAUUCAUGUAUAUAUCUGCAACUUUACACCAAACGGCUCAUUUCUGGGAAGACCCUAUUGGGUUGGUGCCAUAUUCCGGUGUCUGACAUCGGAGUCCCUCCUGCGGGUUCCCUUCAGCACCGAAGUUACCGGUUGCGGGCUAGAGACGGCUCUAGAGGUCCGGGGACUCUGAAUGUCUCCGUCAAACUAGAAAGUGCUACGUUACUUGGUGGCAACGGUUUUCCGUUGGACACGUGCCAGACGGUAAUUGGUGUACCACUGACGGUUUGGCCACAUGUCGGCAAGACCGCAGAAAAUUAAAACGGGAAGGAAGCCGGCGGCGAUUCACUGACUUAACUAAAAUGGUGGACCGCACAGCUCUCCGUUGCACCAACCAUAUUAAUUUUGUUUUUUGUAAAUACUGAUUUAUAAAUGAUAAGGAGUUUUCUAUAGAAUAAAUUAAGAGUGUAAUU